AUGAGGGAGGUGUGCGCGGCUUCUUUAGAAAGAGAGAAUUCUGAGAAGAUUGGAAGAGAAGGAAGGAUAGUGGAGGUGGAUGAAUUCAUUCUUGGAGGUAUUUGCAGAGAAACGGGGGAAUCUUUCUUAAAGACCGUUUCAGACCGUGGAGUGCAAACUUUCAUGAAAAUAAUUAAGGAUAAUGUGGCUGAGAGAAGCACAAUUUACACAGAUAGCUGGAAGUCUUACAGAACAAGUGAACUCAAAGCUCAGGGAUUCACUCACUUAAAAGUGAAUCACAAAUACCACUUUGUAGAUCCUGAGUCUGGGGCUCACACCCAGACUAUUGAAAGAAUGUGGGAGAGCGCCAAAUGGAAGAACAAGAAGCAGAGAGGUACUUCUAAAAAUAUGCUAGACAGUUACCUCGCUGAAUUCAUGUAG